AUGCCCACUCCCAUUCCUGGCCCCGCUGGAGUUCCGCUCCUGGGUAAUAUUUUUGACGUCGACCCAAAUGAGACAUGGAACUCUUUGAACAAGCUGGCCAAGCAAUAUGGCCGCAUUUUCAAGAUCAACGCUCUAGGUCACGAAAUCGUCUUCAUCAGCAGUGUCGCUCUCCUCGAAGAAAUCUGUGACGAGACCCGAUUCCGCAAAUGUGUCACUGGCCCUGUAGUCGAGAUCCGAUAUGCAGUACACGACAGUCUGUUUACCGCAUAUCAUGACGAGCCCAGCUGGGGCAUCGCUCAUAACAUCAUGAUGCCUCACCUCACUCAAUCUGCGACCGAUAGCCUCUUCGGCGAUAUGGCCGAGGUCAUCCCCGAUCUCACCAAUAAGUGGAGCGCAGGCGUCAAGCAGCGCACCCUCAUCACAAAGGAUCUCGACCGUCUCCUGUUGGCAUCCUGUAUGCAGAGCUUCUUCAAUCAGCGCGUGCAUGUUCUCGAGGGCGCCGAGCCCCCCAUGAUCAACGCCAUGGAAGCUGCUACAAUGGAGGCGAUGAAGCGCCCCACUCGUCCAAGGGUGUUGAACUGGCUGCACCAGCUUACCUUUGCAAAGAACACCAAGAUCAUGCGCGAUUUCUCGGCUAAUGUGAUCAAGACAAGGAGGGAGAACCCCGAGACAGCCCGCAAGGAUAUCCUGGAUGCAAUGAUGAAUGGUUCCGACCCCAAGAGUGGCAAGAAGCUCGACGAAUCCGAGAUGAUCGAUGAAAUCAUCUCAUGCUUCAUUGGUGCCGCCACAGCCCCCAACCUCAUCUCCUUUGCUCUAUACUACCUGAUGGAGAACCCCAAGGAGAUUGAGAAAGCCCACGAGGAACUUGACCGCGUUGUUGGCGACGGCAAGAUCCAGCUCGAGCACCUCAAGGACCUCAAUUACGUCGAGGCCAUCCUCCGCGAGUCCAUCCGUCUUUCUGCCCCCGCCCCAGGCUUCAACAUUGAACCCAUCAAUGCUGAUAGUAAGACCGAUACAGCCCCCAUCCUGAUCGGAGGUGGCGAGUACCAGAUCACCCACGACCAGAAGAUGAUUGCCGUCCUCGGCCAGGUCAACCGUGACCCAGAAGUCUUCGAGGAUCCCGAGGCCUUCAAGCCAGAGCGUGUGCUCGGUGAGAAGUGGGAUCAGCUCCCUGCGGCUGCGAAGAAGGGUUUCGGUAACGGCAAGCGUGAGUGCAUUGGUAAACUCUGGGCUUGGCGCUGGUCCUUCUUCACCUUGGCUAGUAUCCUCAAGGAUACUAGCUUUGAGUUGGCGGAUCCUAAGUACAAGCUUGAGUCCAAUGGUGCGUUCAGUGUAAAGCCGCUUAACUUUUAUGGAUUGGUUGGCCCGCGCAAGUAG